UGCCGUCGGACGUGCCAAAACCGAAGCACAGUAGUGAACCCACGGUGUUACCAGCGGUUCGUUAAAAUGUCCAACUGCAUUAAUUUCCGCAAACAGUUGGGGGCUAUCAUGGAGAUACUGACUAAAGCGGCCGUGGCGGAAAUCAUCAAACUAGUGGACGACGGCUCGGCGUGUUUGCGUUUGGAAAUGUGUCGCGCGCAGAACGAGAACGAGGCGCUGAAAACAAAGGUGCAGGAGAUGGAAGGCGAACUUGAGGCGGCGCUGCGGCGUCCGGGCGGAGACCCGGCAGCUCGGCCGAACCUCGCAGAAAGCAGCAGGCGCUCUAUUGGCGUCCAGGUGUGCGCGGAGCUCCAAGAUGAGAAACGCUCCAAGAACAAUUUUGGAACCAAGGUGCAUAUUAGCGUGUGGAGAGAAAAAGAGCACAUAAUGAGAGAAGAAGCUGGUAACCUGCUGCCUCCUGUCUCGGUGAUGGAGGAGUCUUCAGGCAAGCAAGAGGAGAACAUUCAGUGUAAUAUUAAGCAAGAAAUACUUGAAGAGGAUUUGUGUAACAAUGAUUCCCAGAAAGGACUGAAAAUCAGCCAAGAAGAAACUGUAGAGAUGCUUCUCCAGGAGGAUCAUGAGAAGGCUUUGCAGGUGAUACCUUUGCAAGACUUGGAAAUUAAGGAGCAGUACCAGUCUGGGAACGAUGAAGGCUUUGAUGGACAGGUGAAGGUGGAGUCUUGGCAAAGGUGUGUGGCUCAGAUGAUUAACUGUGCUGAAUAUGAAUACACAACGGGAAGACUGAAUUAUCUGGCCUCAGAAUAUGCAGCAGAUGAGACCGCCAGAGGACAAUGGACUUCCUUUACCCAGGACAGUUGCACAGAACCUGGUGAACCUUCUCAAAAGCCACAUGGUCUCUCAGCUCAGGGACCACUACCACUGCUUCCAGGUUUGGUCAAUGGCUGCAGUAAUCCAGUGUCAUCUUCAGUAAUAGCAAGUGUGAAAUCACAUAUUGGCUUGUUGGAUUCUCUGGCCAUAAAGAAUGCUGGAGUUCAACCUGUGUGCAGCAAGGAGUCAAUGUCACAGACACCACCUUAUGGAGAAAAGUGGUCCUCGGUGAAGAGAGCGGACCUGACGUUACAGCCUAGGCAACAGGGGCAGUAUGGAUCAUUAGCAAAGCAGAUGGUGAUGAUGGAGAGAACACAGGGUACGCACUCAGACACUCGGAAUAAUUUUGGACACAUGCUGAACGGCACAACUCCAAAUAAUGUUGGAUAUAUGUUGAGUGGUACAAGUUUGAACAUGACUAAGAUGAUGAAGACGUGCAGGAAACCUUCUGCAGAAGAGAAACAGUUCAAGUGCACUCAUUGUGGAAGGAGUUUCAGUCGCUUAACCUGCCUUAAAAUUCACCAGCGAAGUCACACAGGAGAGAAACCGUACAGCUGCAUUGAGUGCGGGAGGCAGUUUACUCAGCAGAAGAGUCUUAAAACGCACCUUAGCGUCCAUACAGGAGAGAGACCAUUCAGCUGUAAACUCUGUGGGAAGCGCUUCUCUCGUCAAGACAACUGCACGAGACACGAGAGGUUCCACAGUGGAAAGAAGCCUUUCAGUUGCAAGCAGUGCGGUAAAUGUUUCACCCUUCAGAGUAACCUGAAAACUCACCAGCAGAUUCACUGCGGCUAUAACCGGUUGCUAUGCACAUAGUUUCCAGCAAAUGUCCUUAGAGAAUCGGACAGUCCUGAGUAAAGCCUUCGUUGUGUAAAUUGUUGCAUUUUAAUGUUGCCUGUUUGUACAGUAAAAAGGAGUCAGAAGGGAAUGUCCAUCACACCGAAAGCCUUCGGUCAUGAGGUGGACAUGAGUUUUGGACACGUCUGCAGUUUAAUUGAGGUGCUCAAGAGCAGAGUACUUACUUACUGCCACAGUACCACACACUAUGUUAUGCCAUAGUAAAAGAAAAUAAGAAAAGUUUUGUUAACUGUUUCUUAAUGCAAGGUUCUACUUUUACUGUUUGUUCUAUACACAACAGUUGGCUCAUUUUCUCAUAAAG